AUGUCGAAUGCUCUUACAAUACCAGAUUCACCUUCAUCUCCAAGCAAUCCACAAAAUCCAACGAUAUGUGAGAAUGAAGUCGAAUGUACUAAACCAGCACUUGUAACAUGUCAUCAUUGUCCAAAACGUUUAUGUCUUAAACAUGUUAUUGAACAUAAUGAAAUAAAUAUUGUUCGAACAUAUGCAUUAUCUGAUGAAAUAAAUUCUUUAACACAUUUACUUUCAAAACUUGAUUGUCAACAAUCUGUUGAAAAUGCUCGUAAAAAACUUGAUCAAUGGAAAGAAAAUAUUCUUGCUGAUAUUGAAAAUACAUAUAAACAUUAUUCGAAUGAAGUAGAUGAAUUACAAAAUGAAUUAACACACCGUGUAGAUAUUUUUAAAGAAAGUCAAAAAUCUAAAAUGACAAUUUUACAAACACAAUUAGCAGCAUUACAAAAAGUUGGAGAAAUAUCUCAACAACAAUUAUCACCAAUUGAACGUGAUCUAAAUCAACUUCGACAAUGUCUAGAAUCAGUUCGAUGCGAAAUAUGUAUUGAAACAAAAGAUAUUUCUUGUAAUGAUCUAAUUAAUGCACAUAAUAUAUUUUCAUAUAAUCGUAUUUUACCAAAUAAUACUUUAAUGCAAUCAUAUCGAACAUUAUCUGUUGAAAAUUAUAAAAAAUUUGUAUCAAGUAAACAAAAUGAAUCUAUUUUAUGGUUAGAUAAUCGACGACAAUUACAUUAUAUUGAUAAAAAAUUUAAUGAUAAUUCAUUAACAUUACCUCCUAUUAUGAGUAAUCCGUCAACAGCAACUGCAACUUUACUACCAUAUCAUCAAACCGGUAUAAAAGAUGUUGAUAUAGUAGAUUUAAAAUGGUGUCCAUCAGCUGAAGUAUUUUUUAUUCUUUUUCAACGACAUUUAUUUUCAUUUGAACCAAAAACAAAUAGAUGUACACAAAUUCAUAUGACUCGACAUAAAGAUUAUCCGUUUCGCUGUUUAUCUUGUUUAAAUGAUUCAUCACUUUAUAUAUCAUAUUGUGUUUUUGGUAUCUGUAUUGAAUUAUGGAAAUAUCCAAGCAAUAAUAAUAAUAAUAAUUUGAAUGCUGCUUUAAAACGUUGGGAUCGUUUAGCUAAUGAUAAAACUGAAUGGGUAUCACAUAUGGAUACAAAUAUAGCAUCACAUUUAGGCUUACUCAUUCGUACAGCAUCAUCAAUUCAUACACGUUUUGAAUUACGUGAUGAACAUUUAGCUUUAUUAAAACAAAUUCCAUUAAAUGAUGAUUUUGUUGAUUUAUUUUAUCCAUUUCGAUCUAAUCAAUGGUUUAUUAAAAGUUCAUCGGGAAAAUAUUAUGUUUAUUCAACGGAAACAAAUACAUAUGAUGUAUCAUCAUUUGAAUUUCCUUUUGGAUUACAAGAAUUUGGUAUAAAUUCAAUUGUUAUUGGCAGUGGACAAAAUGAACUAACAUUAUGUGAUAUUUAA